AACCCCACGGACACGACUGAUUUGAGAUCAGCACACAAAAGCGUGAGGCACGGUUAUGGUUAUGAUUGACACGCUUCAGACGAACCCGGUGACGUGUGUCACAUUUGCUGCCCGCUUCCACCAAUAAGAAGACGCGGCGUUAUACUUAUUGUACCCAGGCCAAUCAGAGCGAAGGAAUGGGGCGGGAACGCAGCGAGUGGGUAGCAACAGUUGCCCGGGUGAAGACGAAGCGCCAUAGCCACGGUAGUCGUGGUGACAAGAACCCAGCAACGAGAAUCAACAACAACAACAAACCGAUUCACUGAAAAAAAGCGUAUUAAAUCCAGAGUACCGCUGGAAGAGUCACUGGAAAUAAGAGUCCAAUGGCAACUCCAGCGUAUGUGAGGGAGCUACAGCAGACCUCCCAGCCUCAGGGAGGCGGUGUGACUCCCACAUCAGGCCAAGCUGCCACCGUGACGGCAGCUCCCCAACAAUACCUGGCUGAACUUCAGACUACAGGGGCCACGGCAUCAACGGACCCGCCCACCGGCCAGACCACACCCCCUCCCUCUCAAGCACAGAAGAGCCAGGCAAUCGCCCUGGCACCGCCCGCACAAGCCCCGCCCACUCAGACUCAAUAUGUCACGGCUGAGAUUCAGAGCUCAACUACGCAGUCCAGCAGUCAGACUACACCACAGUACAUCGUUGUCACAGUUACAGAGGGUUCUCUUCACUCCAGUGACUCUGUGUCCGAUUCUAGUCCCCCUGCUGCUGUAAUCCAGACUGGAGUUCCUACACAGGUGGUGCAGCAGGUGCAGACCUCCCAACAGAGGUCAGUAGUUCAAGCCACAUCUCAGACAAUGAAAACCGAGCCGGGCACGCAGCUGAAUGUCACCAGCCUACAAUCAGUGCACCUGACACAGGAGAACCCUUUUCUCAGACAGAGAGGAAGGGAUGCACAGAGAGAGAGUGAAGUGAAGAGACAGAUAGAAAACUGGUUGGAGUGUAGGCCAGCAGUAGUACUACUAGAGAAAAGCAGUAACCUGUUUGGAGACAGUUUAUCCUAUGCAUCUGUCAGUGGAGGUUUGCUGGAUUACUCAUCCUGUUUCCCCUCGUCUCUACCUGUGGCCUAUUCACCCAUCACCUUCUCUCUACCCGUCAUGUCAGUGAGCUGGGAGACAGACAGGGUCUCCUACACCUCUGCUCCGGUGCCAGAUGUGCACCUCUUUGAGAUGUCCUCAGCCCAUAGCGUACAGCAGCAGCUCCAACAGGUGCCAGUACAGCAUGUGUAUACUAACCAGGUGCAGUAUGUGGAAGGAGGAGAUGCUAACUACACCACCAGCACCAUUCGUUCCAGCAGUUUCCCGUACACAGAGACCCCUCUGUACACCCAGACCACUGCUGGACCGUACUAUGAGACCACCCCUGCCUCUGGUUCUGAGGCCACGUCCCCCGGCACCCCUCUCACUGUCUCCGUGACCACGGGAUCCCCCGGGGUGUCCAUGUUUGUGGCGGGGACGGGGCAGAUCGUGGCCAAUCCCACGACAGCGGCAGUCACAGCUGUAGUGGCAGCCACUGGGACAGCGUCGAACGGUUCUGGAGAUUCUGGAGGCGAGGCUAACGGUAGCAGCGGGAGCUAUGUGAUUCAGGGCGGCUACAUGUUGGCUGGCAGCGGGACCGGCAGCAGUGGAAACGGUCACGGUUAUCCGCACCCCACUCGUGCCUCUCCAGCCACCGUGAGUAUAAACGAAGGCGAGGACAAUAGCGUGCCGUCGGCAGACAAAAAGCUGUCCUCUGGCCCUCAGGUGCAGUGGUUGUUGGAUAAUUAUGAGACAGCGGAAGGGGUGAGUUUGCCCCGUUCUACUCUCUACUGCCACUACCUGCUGCACUGUCAGGAGCAAAAGCUGGAACCCGUCAACGCGGCAUCCUUCGGAAAACUCAUCCGCUCGGUGUUCAUGGGGUUGAGGACCAGACGCCUGGGCACACGAGGGAAUUCCAAAUAUCACUACUAUGGACUUCGGAUCAAAGCGAGCUCAUCUCUGCUCCGGCUGAUGGAGGACCAACAACACCUGGCCAUGAGGCAGCAGCCAUUCUCCCAGAAACAAAGGCUGAAGCCGGUACAGAAGGUGGAGGGAAUCACUAACGGAAUGUCGUCAGGAUCUGGACAGCAACAGCAGCAACAGCAGAGCUCGGGUCUGUCGGACAUCAGCACCCAGGUCCAGCAGUACCAGCAGUUUCUAGAUGCGUCCCGAGCUCUCCCGGAAUUCCCUGAUGUGGACCUGCAGGGUAGGGCUUUACCCGAGGGCAUUGAGCUGGAACAUGUUAAAAGCUUUCAAUUGCUCUACAGAGAACACUGCGAAGCCAUUUUGGAUGUGAUGGUCAACCUUCAGUUCCCUUUGGUGGAGACUCUUUGGAAAACGUUUUGGAGGUUCAGCGAAAGUCAGACAGGAGACUCAGCAACCCUAGCUGUGCAUGACGAGUCUGAGAAGAGGCUGCCCAAGUCAUGUUUGGUGGUGCUCUGUAAAUAUGAUCCAGUGCUUCGCUGGAGUCGUGACUGUGAUAACACACUGUACCAGGGCCUGGUGGAGAUGCUCAUCCCAGACGUUCUGAGACCUAUUCCCAGUGCCUUAACGCAAGCCAUCCGAAACUUUGCGAAAAGUCUUGAGAGCUGGCUGACUAAUGCCAUGAUGAACAUUCCUGAAGAGAUGGUCCGCGUGAAGGUGACGUCCGCAAGUGCGUUUGCUCAGACCCUGCGCAGGUACACCUCUCUAAACCACCUGGCCCAAGCAGCUCGUGCCGUUCUGCAAAACACGGCACAGAUCAACCAGAUGCUCAGCGACCUCAACAGAGUGGAUUUUGCCAAUGUGCAGGAGCAGGCGUCCUGGGUGUGCCGGUGUGAGGACCGGGUGGUGCAGCGGCUGGAGCAGGACUUCAAACUGACCCUCCAGCAGCAGAACUCUCUGGAGCAGUGGGCAGCCUGGCUGGACGGUGUGGUCUCGCAGGUCUUAAAGCCCUACCAGUCUAGCUCGGCCUUUCCAAAAGCAGCUAAACUCUUCCUGCUGAAGUGGAGUUUUUACAGCUCUAUGGUGAUCCGAGACCUGACUCUCCGCAGUGCCGCAAGCUUCGGCUCAUUUCACCUAAUCCGCCUGCUUUAUGAUGAGUACAUGUACUAUCUGAUAGAGCACAGAGUUGCCCAGGCCAAGGGUGAGACUCCCAUUGCUGUCAUGGGAGAGUUUGCAAGUCUUGGUCGAAGUUUGAACCCACUUGAUCCCGAUAAAGAAGAGGAAGAGGAGGAGGAAGAAGACAGUGACGAUGAGUGUCAGGAGUUGUCUCUGCAGUCUGAUGGGGGCGCUAUCGGGGACGAAUCUCUGGAACCGCCCGCUAAGCUGGCUCGAACCGACCAGAGGGUUCUGUUCAGCACAGGAAGCAUGGAGAACUAAGAACUUGAAUACACACGUGCACCUACAAGCACACAUCACAUAACACUCACCCAAAAACAGAAAUGCUGCCGCUGCAUACUUACACAACAUUUCAGAUGCUCAUAUGUACAUUUCCAUGCCUGUCGACGUCUCUAAUGCACAUAUACACAAGCGUUCACUGAAACACAGAGACACAUAUAGCGCCAAUCCACGCCCUCACACACACAUUACAUGAACACCAUCACCGAUCACAUAUCAAGCUCUUAGACAGGGUGAAGAGGUCACUAAAAAUAGCUCUCGAGUCUCGAAUCUAAUCCUGAUUCUGUCUCUUUUAGCUGUUAAGACGCAAGAACACACACAAAACCUGCUGCAACUGGAUCCUAAGAGUCGUUCGCGAUGGACUGCACUCUGAUUGGCUACUGAAAUCUGAAUCAAACUGUCAGGCAAGCUUUUUUAACCUGAAAUGGUUGUUAGGGAGAAAAGAUGGACUGUAAGUGUGAGUGUUGUGUGUUGAUGUAUACUUUCUGCCUAUCCGCGUGUUGUUCGUGUGAUUGUGAGUGACCCGGGACCUUACCGUUUUUAAUCGGCUAGCGCCAACGCGUGUGUUUUUGUGCAUGUGUGAACGACCGUCCGUGGUUCUCAAGAAGUGUUGAUAGUUGUUUUCGUCAGUGGUACCUUUUUAAGUUCUUGAUGCCUUCAGUGACUGCCAUGUCAUUAAAUGUUUUAAGCAUAUUACAGCCCGGCUCUUUAUAAACUCAAUUUCCCAUGAGUCUACUGGGUGUACGUGAAUCAGCUGGGUUGUGUAAUGUUGCUUUUUUUUUUUUUUUUUUUUUUUUAGGGCUAGUCUAUACAUACCUCUGCAAAUGAAAGCAGUUUGCCAGAAAUAGAAGGAGAGGGUUUUUUUUUUACUGUCUGGGUUUCCUUUCACUUCUUACUUUUUAUGUGUUCUUUUUUUUUUUUCUAUUUUGUUGCACUUUUCCUCUUGCCAAACGUCAGCCUGAGCUUGGCACAAGACAUUAAAUGUUUCUGUCCUUGCAUACUUUUUUCCUAUGGUCAAAAAGUGUCAAUCUCAAUGUGUACAGCGUUGUCUAACACUGUGUAGUGCAUAUUUGCUGUGUGUUGGAGAUCUGGAUAUUUUACUAGAACCCUUCAAACAAACUUGACACCACUGCCCAUAGUAGCUAGGAAAAGUAGAGAGUGAAAUGAUCUUUGGGCCAUUUCCUUCUCAAGACUCAUCCGUUCAAUUCCGUUCUCGUGUCGUGGCAUAUUUAAUGAUAAAUUUGAGAGAGCUACAGGACAUUCAAACUCUAAAUCCCAUAUCAUUCAACAUAUGUAAAUGAUUUCUGCUGUAGAUGCUGACUGAUCUCAAACCAGCAUGAUGCUUUUCUUGCCCUUUGAUUCUCUUGACAGAGCCACAGGAAACAUAUCAGAAGAUCUGGAGAUCCUCUCUGUAUGACAGCCGCUUUCAUAAAAAAAUGAAUUUCCCUUUUCACUUUUUUGAAGUUGUUUCCAUUUCUCGCUCAAAAAAGGGGGGGGGGGCAGUGUUUUGAGUAAUCUGAACCAUGAGAAUGGUUGUGCCUUUGCAGUUAUCAAAUGAAGUCCAGAUGUUUUUAAUUUAAAAAUACGAAUAAAUUAAUAAUUUCUAAAAUUGUGAA